UUCUCCCCCGUGUCACUCAGGGUGCGUUUCCAUCAGAUAACGAGGCUACCCGGCCGGAUAACAUCUGCUUUCCCCCGGUGGGCCGUUUGGCGCCCGUGGAGAGCCGCGACAGAUGGAAAGGGAGCGUGCGGCUCCGACACUUGCCUCUCCGACUGCGCUGGCAGUUGUCUUCCCAAAAUAGCCUCCACUGCACAGCCUUAUAUGUGCAAGGCCUCCAGCGUGCGCCCAAGGAGGUAUCAUGUAUCUAGGCCACACAAUCCGAGCCGAGCCGCGAGGCUCAUUGUUGCUGCCUACCAUCAGGCCUCUCGGCGCCCAGGGGACGAGCGAGGCCCCUGCGUGGCUCUGGAAACGGCCACGCCAUGGAGCUCAUCCAGCUCAACCGCGAGUGUCUCCUGCAUCUUUUCUCCUUCCUGGAUAAGGACAGCCGCAGGAGUUUGUCUCUUACCUGCGCCCACCUGCGGGAUGUCUUUCUGGACCCCCUCCUGUGGAACGUGCUCCACUUUGACUCGCUCUCUCAGCUGAGGUGCGCCAACUUUGUGCUAGGAGGCUUUUUGCGUCACCUGUCCAUCUGCUGGUACUCCAGCAGGGUGCUGAAGGUGUGCAACAUCGAGGACUGGUUGAAGAGCUCCUUUCAGAGGGACAUCUGCAGAAAGCACGACAGACUGGUCAGCACCUUCCUAGCUCGUGUCGGCCACAUGUGCCCUCACCUGCUAUCCUUGAAGCUCUCCGGCUGCGCACACAUCACAGAUCAGGAUGUAAUGGUUGUCCUGCAGAGGUGCGGGAAGCUGCGCCACCUCCACCUGGAGAACUGCGUCGGCAUCACAGACGGCAUCCUGGAUGGGGCGGCGGCUCACGGUGUGAGCCUGGAGGAGGUCAGGGUGGACUUCUGCAGGAACAUCACAAAAGAGGGGCUCAAGGUCAUGCGAGAGAAGAGGCCGGAGCUGAGGCUGAGUGCAGAGAGAAGCGCAGGCAUGAUCCCAGAUAGUAAGCCUGAGGAGAAUGUGCCGCUCAGGAGAACCUUGCAGAAACUCUUGGAAAUCUCCUAAUGGCUUUCCCAAGGACCAUUCAUUUUUAUUCACAGUGUGAUUUUUUUAAAAAUUAUUUAUAGGGUCUGUCUUGACUUUAUUUUUACUACUUUAUAUUCCCGACUUUGUACUCUUUGCCUUGAUUUGAGUUGAAUAUUGUCCUACUGUGAAUAGCAAAAAAAAAAAAAAAAGAAAAGCGUAAUUGGCACCCUUCAAAUUUUUAAAGCUUACCUUUAAUAUUACCCUUGACGAUUUAAUUUCAACAAAACAACCACAAUGUUUCAGCCCGGCACUCGUAUUGGAUCUCAUUUGCACUUUUGUUAAAGACACACAUGCUAAUUUCAUUAUGAAUUCCACAAACGCUUGAAAUCAAAUCUUAAGAACACUUGGGUUGUAAUCACACCCAAUCACCAAGCAUACGUCGCCAUGGCUACAUAUUUCGAAAAGGGACAUUCAAAAUGAAGACGCUAGGAUGAAAAUAUCACCAAGUAGGGAGAGGAGGAAGACGUGUGUCUUAACUUGUGUGUCGCUAUAAUAUAUUCGGGAAUGACGCCACCAUCAGCAUGUCUGUCCUUUGAGAGUCUUAAGUGAACAUUAAAAAUGUAUAUUCACAACAA